UCGCGGCGUGCCCGGUGCGGCGGCCGCCUCCGCCUCCAAGCCUAGACUUAGGCAGCGAGCGAAGGCUCACUUCACACGCGCGGCCGCGCACUCGGCCUGCCGCAGACCGAGGCUGGGCCCCGCCGCGGAGGCUGCUUCGGGGCUGCGCUAGCUGCGCGCUCUGGGAGGCGGCGAUCGCGGCUGGGCCGGGACUUACUUCCUCCACCGCAGGACAACAAAACAAGCCGGCUGCAGGCACCGGGCUCUUGGCAACGGUCUGGGCCGGAGGCGCAGCGAUGGGCUCCGUGCUGAGCAGCGAUAGCGGAAAAUCCGCACCCGCCUCGGCCACCCUGCGGGCCCUGGAGCGCAGGGGAGACCCCGAGCUGCCCGUCACGUCCUUCGACUGCUCCGUCUGCCUCGAGGUGUUGCACCACCCCGUCCGGACCCGCUGUGGCCACGUAUUCUGCCGUUCUUGCAUUGCUACCAGUCUCAAGAACAAUAAGUGGACCUGUCCUUACUGCCGGGCAUAUCUUCCUUCUGAAGGAGUUCCAGCAACUGAUGUAGCCAAGAAAAUGAAAUCCGAGUUCCAGAAUUGCACUGAGUGUGACACCCUGGUUUGCCUCAGUGAAAUGAGGGCACACAUAAGAACAUGUCAGAAGUACAUAGAUAAGUAUGGACCACUACAAGAACUUGGAGAGACAGCAACAAGGUGUGUAUGUCCAUUUUGUCAGAAGGAAUUGGAUGAAGACAGCUUGCUGGAUCAUUGCAUUACUCAUCACAGAUCAGAAAGGAGACCUGUGUUCUGUCCACUUUGCCGUUUAGUACCUAAUGAGAAUCCAAGCAGCUUCAAUGGCAGCUUAAUAAGACAUUUGCAAGUCAGUCACACUUUGUUUUAUGAUGAUUUCAUAGAUUUUAAUAUAAUUGAGGAAGCUCUUAUUCAAAGGGUUUUAGACCGGUCACUUCUGGAAUAUGUGAAUCACUCGAACACCACAUAAUUGUAUUAAAAGAAAAGGGAAGGAGAUAGUACAAUUGCACCAUUUUUUUCAAGAUGCUACUUGAAGGAUUGGAGGGAAACUGUCAAUGUUUGAUGGGCAAAAAAGUGUACAACACAGUUAUAUGUUUGUCCACGUUUAUUGUUAUACUGCAUUUUAAAACUGCUUUCAUUUUAGUGGUUUAGGUCUGUUUUACAUUCUUGAGUUUCUCAGACACUUAACAGCAAAAAAAGUCUCCAUCAGCCAUUAAUAUAUGGAAGAGAACAUAAGGCUGAGUAUGUGGGUGAAGGAUCUUUAUUUGCAAAUCAGAUGACAUUGUGUGUAAUGCUACAUAUUGAUAACUUCCCUCAUGGUUGGUCAAAUUAACUAAUCUUUGUUCUAUGGAGAGUGAGACAAAGUGUGGUCAUUCAAGGAAAUAUGAAAUCUCUUCUAGAGUUCACGUUCUAACCGCUAAUAGAAUAAAAGGAAUAACCUUGUAUGGAGUAGGAAAGGAAAAUUUUGGCAGUUGACAACAUCCAUUUAACCAAAUUGUAUAACAUAAUACUGUAAUAAAAUAAAUUUCAUGUUAGGAAUGUAUACUUAAUGCUUUGACUUUUUAUAACUAUGCACACAUAAGAAUUUAAUAUUAUAUUUUUCAAAUAUUUGUAGCUUAUUAUUUAGAAAUAUUUCUAUAAUACAGGCAACUUCUUAAGAACCAUCAGCUGAUAUUUACAGUAGAAGUAUUCACAUCCAUAAUUUUUAGUGGAAAAUCCUAAGGGCUUUUAUUUUUUUUUAAUUUUAUCUUUUAGGAAAAUUAUAAAAUAAACAGAAAAACUGAAAACCAAACAGAAAAUAUAUAGCUUAUUACAUUCUCAUAAAGAAACAUUCUUUUAGAACUCUGCCAGUCACCUUGGAUGUCUUCUAUGUGUCCUGUCACAGUUAACAAACCUCUUCCUCAACCCCACAAAAGUAAACACUACAUUGAUUUCAAUAGUACUCACUUCCUUGCAUUUCUUUCUUAGUUUAUCCCCCAAGUGUGUGUCUCUACACACUAGCUUUUAAUCUUACCCAUUUAAAAUUGCUUUAUUAGAUAUAUCUCUUAAUGUCUGUUUUUAAUUUCUGGGUUUCUCCUUCUUUCUUUUCCUUAAAAUUUACCUACUGAAGAACCUGGUUUUAUAUAUUUCCCACUGUCUAUAUUUUGUUAAUUGCAUACUCAUGGCACAAUUCAGCAUGUUCUUCUAUCCUCUGGAUACUGACACAUGGAUCCAGAGAUCUGAGCAGACUCAGGUUCAAACUUUUGGCCAGACCAUAGAUCAUGGUGUAUUCUUUCAACAGAGGGCACAGAAUGUCUGGUUCUCUCUUUUGUGAUGUCAGCUGAAAUUGAUACUCAAUGCCUAGAUCCAUUGAUUUGUUGUGGGUUGGAGAAUAUUCUAUCAUUUCUUUUUCAUUUAUUAGUUGGAACAUUUUUUUAAAGAGGUGUUUCCCCAUAUCUACUACUUGGUUAACCAGUGGUCAAGUUCAUAUAGGAAAGGGAAAAUAAACUUGAAUUUUCCCCUUUAUUUACCAAAUUUCAAGAUAAUAAAUUUGUUUUCUAUCAUCCUCUGUAGAUCACUUUUUUUAAGUGUUGUGAACUCAUGGAUUCAAACAUAUUUGAUAGGCUUUAAUCCAUUUCACAUAUUGCCUUAUUAAAGCUCAAAUUGUCCUAUCUUUGGUCAUUGGGAGCCUUAUCAAGUUCACUCUGAGUCCUUCUGACACUACUCUAGCAGUCUUUACUGGCUUCCUUGUAGUCUCGUAUGACAGGCUAUUCCAGGCUCAACUUGGAUGUUUCCUGCCCCAGACCUGGUAUCAGCCAUUUCUCUUAAUGAGCCUGGUUAUUUUCAGUGAGAAAUAGUGCUUCAGAACUGUAAUUGUGAUUGUUAAGUUCAUAGCAGCUAUAUUGGUCUUUGUUUCUAGGAGAGAGCUAGGAAAUAUCCUUUUUUUUUAAGAUAAAACACUUAUUCUUGAGUUUAUUUUGAUACUUGCAAAUCAAAUUAAGUACUACAGGGUUUUUGCCUAAUUUUUUCUAUUACAUUUGUGUCUUUUGUUUUUCUCUACUGAGAAUCCUGGCCUUCAAGGACACAGGAAUAUCCCACAAUUAUUCAUUUCCUUAAUCUACUUUAUGCAUGCAACAGUCUCAGAAUAAUAAUACUAAUAAACCAUCACCAGUAUGAUAGCUGGUACAAUUAAAAAUGUUUUUCAUUUGUUCUCCCUAAUCUCCUAUUGUUUAAAGUUGUAGUGUAUCAACAUUUUCAAGGAAUUCCCUGGCAGUCCAGUGGUUAGGACUCUGUGUUCUCACUGCCCAGGGCCCGGGUCUGACCCCUGAACGGGGGGAACUAAGAUUCUGCAAGCCGCAUGGUACAGCCAGAACAAAAAAAAAACGUUUUCUGUUUUUUUUUCUUUUUUUUUGCGGUACGCGGGGCUCUCACUGUUGUGGCCUCUCCCGUUGCGGAGCACAGGCUCCGGACGCGCAGGCUCAGCGGCCAUGGCUCAGGGGCCCAGCCGCUCCGCGGUAUGUGGGAUCUUCCCAGACCGGGGCACGAACCCGUGUCCCCUGCAUCGGCAGGCGGACUCUCAACCCCUGCGCCAGCAGGGAAGACCAAAAAAGACGUUUUUUGAGAACCUAUUGGUGUAACAUACAAUACUCUCUUUUAUCCCCCAUUUAGCUUAGUUCUUCAAGUACCUGUAUAUUUAGUGCUUGCUACCACUCCUUAUUUGAUGGCUCUAUUUUUCAUAUUUGGCUCUCUAAUGACAAAUCUAGCACAUAGAAUAAUAUUUCCAUCUUGAAGGCAAGCAAAGAAGCUACGAAGAUGCAUGAUUUCAACUCCUGAGGAUAAAAUGUUACUUGGUUGUGGUUAGCUUCUUAACUGUAAUCGUCUAUAAACUUCUUUGUUCCUUACACGUAAAUGUAGUCAUAGUCAUGUUCCCCAAAAUUUUCUAUAGUAAAUUAUCCAUUACUUCUUAAAAGCCUUGCUUACCAUUCUGCCAUCCACUGCAAGGUAAUUAGAGAAACGUAAAGCUGGGUGAAAUCUAGAGGGCCAUAUUUCCUCCCUUUUAGAUACUAGUUUCAAGCUUGCUUUUCACAGCUGCUAACAAGUAACAACAGAUUUUUAGUUUCACCACCUCUCUUCCUACAGUUUGGAUGGCUCAACCAGUAAAGCAAAACUUAUUGGACAACAAGGGCAAAAGGAGAGGAACUUUUAAGAGGUAAUCAUUAGAUUGAAAAUAUAGUCCUGGAAAAACAAAAGAAUAUAUUUCUGAGUAUUAGUACUCACUAUCCAGAAAAUAAAUUUUUGUUAAUUCCAAGCAAUACAAAAGGCAUCUUUAAAUCUGUAAAACUUGAAAAAAACUUCAAAACUUAAAAACUGUAUUUUGAGUAAAGCUUUAAGUCACCUGCCACUGUUAAACCUCAGUGCAGCAAUUCUACAUCCUGUCCCUGGAUAUCUCUUUUGAUAAUUUUGCCCCCUACGGGACAAACCAGGUGCUGGCCACCUGAAUUAUUUUGCCUUUUGAAUUAUUUUGAGUUCUAAAAUAGUGAAGUGCAACUAUUAUUCAUUGUUUCACUGUGCCUUUAACCUUUUAUUAAAAGGAAUUUAUAAUUCAUUGUUGUCUUAAAAAAUGAAAACCAAUAUUUGAAGCUGUUGACUAAGCAAAAAAUCUCCUUUUUUUUUUUAAUAGCACCUCAAGGUGCCAAUUUUUCAAGGCCUUAUGAGGGAAAAACUGAUUCACAUGUUAUUCUUUAAAAGCUAAAUUCUUCUAAUCCUACAAAAACCUAUGGAGAUUUUCCUUUUACAUAUUUUUUACACCCAAGUUUCUAAAACAUAUUGAGAAAUUGUAUUGGGAAUCUACGGUGAAGAUAGUUCCAGGUCAGAUCUUCUAAAAGAUCCUGGCUCUAAUGAUGUUACUUUAUUACUUUUACUGGGUGCUAAGUGUCCUUUGUUUUCAAGUGAGCUUACAACAGUUACUGAACACAUUUAACAUAUAAUUAGUACCUUCAAGUAACAUUGAAAUUAUUUUAAAAAGUCACUAAGAGAUUCAUCCUUUUACUAUUCAACUGCAAAAAAUAAAUCUGUAUAAUGAUCAGAAAUUAAAAUGUACUAUUCCUUUUCUUCUGUAAAUAUGUGUUAUUGUGAGAAAUAAAGAAUGGCAGGACCAUUGCUUUCAUUAAAA